AUGAGGAUAGAACCUUCUAGGAAACAUAUCAGUGCUGCUAGGACAGUCGCCAGCCGCCCCACCGUCCCGACCGCCCCAGUCCCAGCCGCCCCGCGGUCCCCAGUCUCCCAGCAGCCCCGCCCGGCCCCGCAGCAAGGGACCUCGCCGCCUUCCCCCAGCAGCGAGGCUCCGGCCCGGCCCCGCCCGGUCUCGGUGGUCUUCAGGCCCGGGUCUCCAAUGGCACCGAACGCGGGCUCCAAGUUGGACCGGGCUGUCCCUAGCGUUCUCCUGCUGCUGCUUCUGCUGCUGCGGCUGGUCCGGACCUGGGAGGGGCGAGCCGAAACUCACUGUCUUUCCUAUAUCUUUACCAAGACUGCUGGACAACUGUGCUGUGAGGUUCAAGGCAAGAUAGAGGAAAAGAUUUUUCUUAAUGGUAGCUAUGGAAACAAGAAUUUCAAACCCUGUGGUCCCCUGGGGAAGGAAAUCUAUGGCACAAAUGUCUGGAAAGGACAAAUGGAAACACUGAUUAAUGUGGUGGAGGAACUCAGAAAGAAACUGCUUGAUUUUCAACUGGAGAAUCACAUACUCAGGGGCAAUAUCACUGUGGAGAUCACCAUGUCUUGUCAGCGUGAAGCCAAUGGAGACAUCAAUGGAUUCUGGCAGUUUUGUUUCAAUGGGGAGGAGUUCUUCGUCUUUCACUCAAAGAAUAGAACAUGGACACUGGCUAAUCCUGGAGCCAAGCACAUGAUAGUGAACUGGGAAAAUGACAUGGAUGUGACCAGCUUCUUCUAUAACAUCUUGGCAGGAGACUGCAAGAUGUUGCUUACACACUUCUUGACACAUUGGGAAAAGCUGCUGCAGCCAAUAGCACCACCCACCGAGGCCUCAGGCACAGCCCACGUCACGGCCAGGGCCACCAGGUCCAUCUGCUGCACUCUCAACGUGCUCCUUACCUCCUUGAUCCUACUGCUCAUACUGAGUCGAAGCUGCUCCGCCAAGCCCCUGUGAGCCUGGCCUGGUUCCCACCCUCUCCUUGGCCGCUUCCUGUCUAGUACCUGCGGCUGCUGUCCAGAGUCCCAAGAGUUCAAACCUUUGCAUGCCCAGAGGCCACCAGGAGUCACGAUGAAAGUGCACAUUCCACAUCUCAGGGCCUGUUUCCCUUCGUCAGGACCCUCUUGUACUUUCCAUUAAUACCAGCCAGUUUCUCUUGGUGCUAAAAUAAACACUGGACUGUUUCCUUCA